GCCGCGCACGCGCGUGGCCCGGCCCUGCCGCCGGGGAAGUGCCGCGGAUUGGCCGAGCGGCGCGCGCACGCGCGCGGGGCCGUGACUGGCGACGGGGCGGCGGCAGCGGCGGCUCGCGAUGGCUGAGGUGGAAGAAACACUGAAGCGAAUUCAGAGCCAAAAAGGAGUGCAAGGAAUCAUCGUUGUUAAUUCUGAAGGUAUUCCUAUCAAAAGUACUAUGGACAACUCCACAACGAUCCAAUAUGCGGGCCUAAUGCACAGUUUCAUCAUGAAGGCAAGGAGCACUGUGCGAGACAUUGAUCCCCAAAAUGACCUCACAUUCCUGCGGAUCCGCUCCAAGAAAAAUGAAAUCAUGGUUGCACCAGAUAAGGACUACUUCCUGAUUGUCAUCCAGAAUCCUACUGAAUGAUUACACUAACUUGGUCUGUUUUUUCCCCCCUUUGCCCAACUUUUUUUUAAUUUAAUGGUAAAGAGUACAGCAUUAGUGUUAACUUGGCUGUGCCACUUCAGUAAUAUCUGGAAAAGCAAAAGCAAAUGUUUCCGUUGUUUACAAACAGAAAAAAGUGGCUUCUUUUGUUAUCACAAGUCAUUUUGAGAAUGAGUUGGUGAAUUAGAAUCAGGUGACUUAAGCAGUAAAAAAUGCAACAGAUUCUUUUAAUAGUUAAGAAGAUAAUAUAAAAAAAAAUCUAAUAAUGUUCUAAAAAUUAUUCUUUGUACAUUUCCAUGUUCCUGUCACAACUAUUUGAGUUAAACUUUUACACUAUUACUUUUGAAUUACUGUAAAUAUGAAACCUGCCUAUCCUCUUGUUCUCUCUGUUGGUUUUGCAAGUUACUUUGGAAAAGUUACUGGUCGUAUUAAAAUAAAAAGUGUCAUCAGUGA